GAUACCGUGAGGGCGGGCGCGCGCAGUGCGUGUCGCUCCGCCGUGUGAAGAGCCCGCUCGUGAGGCCGUAACUGGCGUAUUUUUCUAACCGAAAAGUGAAAACACAAAGUCGCCACCAUGGACGCGAUCAAGAAGAAGAUGCAGGCGAUGAAGCUGGAGAAGGACAAUGCCAUGGACAAGGCAGACACAUGCGAACAGCAGGCUAGAGAUGCCAACCUCCGUGCCGAGAAGGUCAAUGAAGAAGUCCGUGAGCUCCAGAAGAAGCUGGCACAGGUGGAAGAGGACAAUAUCCGCACCAAGGCUGCCCUCGAACAAGCCAACAAGGACCUCGAAGAGAAGGAGAAGACCCUUACAGCGACGGAGGCUGAGGUGGCCGCGCUCAACAGGAAAGUGCAGCAGAUUGAGGAGGACCUCGAGAAGUCCGAAGAGAGGUCAGGCACUGCCCAGCAGAAACUUCUCGAAGCUCAGCAGUCCGCUGACGAGAACAACCGUAUGUGCAAGGUAUUGGAAAACAGAGCACAGCAGGAUGAGGAGCGUAUGGACCAGCUUACCAACCAGCUGAAGGAGGCCCGUCUCUUGGCUGAGGACGCCGACGGCAAGUCUGAUGAGGUUUCACGCAAGCUGGCCUUCGUUGAAGACGAACUCGAAGUCGCUGAGGACCGUGUCAAGUCUGGUGAUGCCAAGAUCUCAGAACUUGAAGAAGAAUUGAAGGUCGUAGGUAACUCCCUGAAAUCUCUGGAAGUAUCAGAGGAGAAGGCAAACCAGCGCGUCGAGGAGUUCAAGAAGCAACUGAAGACCCUUACCAGCAAACUAAAGGAGGCUGAGGCCCGUGCCGAGUUCGCUGAGAAGACCGUCAAGAAACUGCAGAAGGAGGUCGACAGGCUCGAAGACUCAUUGUUCAACGAGAAGGAGAAAUACAAGGCGAUAUGCGAUGACCUGGACGGCACAUUCGCCGAACUGACAGGAUACUAACCGUCCUAGUUGCUAGAUUAAGAUAAUACCGUCCGUUUAGUCCUCCAUCCAACAUACAAAAUAAUGUGGAUAAAAAAUACCCUACCACACUUUAUUACUACUAUUUAGAA